AUGGAAGCGAAGGCAACGAAGCGCAUCUUCAUCAAGUUCGGCCCGGAUGUCAAGCGUGUGGACCUGCCCACAGCGCAUUUGGCGUCGUUGAGGGACCUGGCGUCGCUCUUCUUGACCAAAUUCGAGCUUCCGUCAGAGUUGCUCGCCAUGGCCAGGGCCGGCCAAUUCCCUCUCUACAUCCAGGACCGCCAAUCGCAGGUCUGGUACGAGAUGGAGAACAUCGACGACGUCUACGAAAGCGCUGUUGUCGAACUGCGCAAGCCCAACAACGACAACCCUAUGGGCAGCAGCCGUGGAGGGCACAAGAUCGAGUACUGCACGUCGUCUACCAACGACAAGCUCGUGUUUGUCAUGUGCGGUCUGCCGGCGCGGGGCAAGACCUACAUUGCCCGCAAGAUCUCUCGUUACUUGAACUGGCUUGGCGUGCCCACACAGGUUUUCAACGUGGGAAGCUAUCGUCGUGAGAAGCUCGGUGCAAAGCAGCCGCCCGAGUUCUUCGACCCCACCAACCCCGACGGCAGCACUCAGCGCCUGCACAUGGCGGUGCUCGCGCUGGACGACAUGUUCGAGUGGCUGCGCAAGGGUGGUCGCGUGGGCAUCUACGACGCCACCAACUCUACCAAGUCGAGGCGGCAGCUUAUCAUGUCGCGUUGCACUGAUGAACACAUUCAAGUAAUCUUCAUCGAGAGCAUUUGCGAGGAUCCAGUCAUCAUCGAAUCGACCUUGCGCGAGACCAAGCUGCACUCUCCCGAUUUCGAGGGCGUCCCGUCUGCAGAGGCGAUCCAACAAUUCCAGGAGCGAAUUGAACACUACACGCGGGCCUACGAAACCGUCGACGAAGAUGAAUACGUCAGCUUCAUCAAGAUGUUCGACGUGGGAAAGAAGAUCAUCGUACACAAUCUGCCGUCUUCCUACCUGCCCGGCAGGGUCGUCUUCUUCCUCAUGAACCUCCACAUCAUCCCCCGUCCCAUCUUCCUGACAAGGCACGGGCAGAGCAUGGACAACACGGAGGACAAGAUCGGCGGCGACUCCAAGCUCACGCCAUCGGGCGAGAGGUACGCCCAGGCGCUCUCGUCCUGGGUCAACCAGCGUAUCUUCGAGGCCAAGGCCGAAGGCAAGAAGAAGAGCGCUAUGGAGAGGACCGUUUCGUACGACGGGGCCGAGGACAAGCUCAUGAAGCUCACUGUGUGGACCUCCACCCUCCAGCGAGCCAUCGCCACUUCACAGCGCAAGAUCCAACUGCGUUGCUUGGACGAAAUCGAUGCAGGCAAGUGCGAUGGCAUGACCUACGAGGAAAUCGCCAAGAAGAUGCCUGAGGAGUUUGCUGCUCGUGCUGCGGACAAGCUGCGGUAUCGCUACCCGCAAGGCGAAAGCUAUGAAGAUGUCAUCCAACGACUGGAGCCCAUCAUCUUCGAGUUGGAGAGGCAGCGUGAUCCGGUCCUCGUGAUCGCUCACAACGCUGUGAUCCGAUGCUUGUACGCCUACUUCAAGGAGAAGCCUGCUGACGAGUGCCCGCAUAUUGAUGUGCCGCUGCACACGCUCAUUGAGCUCACGCCUCGGGCCUACGGCUGCGAAGAGAAGCGGUAUGCCCUCCUCAAGAAGGACGACGCCGCCCUCGGCCGCUCCCUGAGCCGAGACAACAGCUUUCUCCAACCGCCCUCUCCAGUCCAGGCCAAGCCAGAAACAACAUCAGCGCCAGUCGCUGCUGACAACAACAGCAGCAACACAACCACCAACAGCUGA